CACCAACGCGCCCCAUCAGCGUCUUUGCCUCUUUUCUUUUCCUUACCUCGCGGGAUCUGAAUCGCCGACCGGCGUCGGACUGGGCAUUGCCUUUCUGCUCAUCUGCGGCCCUAUUUUCUGCGCGUUACUCGUCUGCGAGCUUAUACGCUAUUGUUGCCACGAUUGGCCGCGCCGCUCCUUACCUCCAGACCUGCAAUCCCAGACUACCCGGCCCUCUCUUUCCUCCCAAGUGACCACGUCACAGGAUUGCACGCUUUGCUCUUGAAACGGCAGACAUCGACUCAUGUGUCGCUUCAUCGACAAGCCGUCAAAGCGUAAUGGCCGAUGAGCUUGGCUCAUCGACGCAGCCUGCUGCCAUGGAUUCUACUCCCGCCUCGAGGGCUCCCACAGCCUCGAGAGAUGGCACACCCGCCGCCUCAUUCCAAGCGAUCAAUUCCCGGGCCGCCUCAGAGAAUGCACGCAAUGCAACUCCAGCAGCCACUGGCCAACAACGCGGGAGCUCGUCUGACCUGACACCGCCGAGAGGCGAUGCGGCUGUGGCACCAAAGGCUGCACAAACAGCACAAACUUCCACCUCUGCAUCUCAGCCUUCGAAAUUGUCUUCGCAAGUCGAUGGUUUGGAUGGCGCGAUGGCCGAAGCAUCCUAUGGCACGCGUUCGCGCAAUCGAACCAGCACGCGACCCAACUACGCCGAAGACCAAGACAUGGACUUUGAAUUCACAUCCGCCGCCACGACGGGGAAGAAGAAAGGCCUCGAUGCGUCUGCUGCAACUACGCAGGGGACCUCCGAGACCAAGCGCGCCCCCGACGCCACGUCUUUUCAAGCAGUCAACGGCAACGCGACGAGUGCCAAAGAUUCGAACGCGUCAACGCCCACUGCAGCAGGCACGACGAAAAAGCGAAAAGCUGCUGGCAAUGCGGCCGCCGCGCUCUCAGGGAACGCUGUAUCUGCCACGCCUCCUCCAGGAGCGGCGCGAAAGCCGGCCGUUCCGACAGCCUCAUCGACUCUAGCACGCGAGACCAACAUCAUGUCAUUUUCCAAGCAUCGCAGUUGCCUCAACAAAAAGGGCGAACUGGUUGCAGAUGACGGGACGAAGCUGUCUGUCAACGAUCACGUGUACCUUGUUUGUGAGCCGCCGGGAGAUCCCUACUACCUUUGUCGCAUUAUGGAAUUCCUCCAUGUCGAAAGCGAUAACAAAAACUCGCCUGUGGAUGCGUUGCGUGUGAACUGGUAUUACCGACCACGAGAUGUUCAACGAUUCAGCAGCGAUACUCGUCUCGUCUAUGGUACCAUGCAUUCCGACAUGUGUCCACUCACAUCCCUCCGCGGAAAAUGCACGAUCAAGCAUCGCUCCGAGAUUGAUGACCUGGACGCCUAUCGAAAGGAACGCGAUUCCUUCUACUUCGUGCAGGUCUUCGACCGCUUCAUUCGGCGGUCCUACGAAUGUAUCCCAGUCAAGCAGAUCGUGAACGUGCCCGACAAGGUCAAGAAAGCGCUUGACGAGCGAUGGAAGUUCGUCGUUGUCGAAAUAGGCCGUGUCAAAGAAUUGACAAGCGCGGCCAAGUCUUGCAAGCGCUGUGCACGAUAUUGUGCAUCCACUGAUUCCGUGGACUGCGCAAUCUGCAAGAACUCCUACCACAUGAAUUGUGUGCAGCCUCCGCUUCCAAAGAAGCCUUCACGCGGUUUCGCCUGGGCUUGUGGUCCUUGCAGCCGCGCUUCGGAACGAGAACAGGAAGCACGCAACACUCCAAAUGCUAGUGGUCAUGUAACGGAAGCCGAAGAGGAAGAUGCUGCGCCGGAGGAGGAGGCUCCAGGCUUCUCGAGCAAUACGACUCGCGCACCAAGUCCAGACGUGGAUGAUAUGGUCAUAGACGAUCACCCUGCUACUCAAGCCGAGAUCGCGCUCGCAAAGAUGUGGCCCAUGCGCUAUCUGGGUAUUCACGCUCGGGUGGAAGAUGCACUGCAGUACGAUGAUCGGGCGAUAUACCCUCGAGCCAGCUCGCGCCUUGGUCCACGGCAUCAGGCCAAUGUGAAUGUAUGGCACGGACGUCCGGUCGAGCUUGUGAAGCCAGCAGAAAUCAAAAAGCGAUACAUGAAGGCCGGAGCCCAGAAGAAGGAAACGAAGCUGACGAAAGAGUCCUUGGCGGCAAUCGAAGCAGAUAAGGAAGAGAAAGCGAAACGCCCAAAGUGGGUACAGGACGAGCCUCCCGGCUACGUUGCUCGAGGCGAGGACUACGAUCCGAAAGAUCCGAAGUGCACAGCAACGCCAAUUUUCGUGAUGCCUCCGCUCGACAAGCCUCCGAAGCAAGCGGACAUGAGCGAACCGGAUCCAGUGAAACGAAAUGAGAAAUUUGUUGAUGCUUACUUGGAGCGGGCAAAACCUCUUGCCAGGGGCAUCGGAGUGCCACCUUUUGGUACGAAUUUUCUGGACCGGGCAGUGAAGGUGCUUAUCGACAACAAGUACAACACAGAUGCUGCGCUGAAGGCGUUGCAAAAGACGGAUCGCGUCAAGGAUCUCCACGAGCCCGUGCUGAGCAAACAGGAUCUGUUCAAAUUCGAGGAAGGAGUUGCCAAAUAUGGUUCGGAACACCGGCUUAUCCGUCUCCAUAUGAAGACGAAUCUGCCGCAUGCUGAUAUUGUACGGUUCUACUAUCUCUGGAAGAAGACGCCGAAAGGCAAAGAGAUCUGGGGCAACUAUGGAGGACGCAAGAAGAAGAAGGCGGAACCUGCCGGGGACGCUGGCAGCAAGCUUCAGGCAGAGUUGGCUCAUGAUGUGGAUGACUCUGCAUUCGACAACGACAAGGCUAUCCGCAAGAAUCGUGGCUUCCAGUGCAAGUACUGCAGCACAACCCAUUCGCGGCAAUGGAGACGCGCGCCUGGCGUGUCUCCCGGACAAAUGGUCACAGUGGAGAAAAUCGAGAAAGGGCAGAAGACCGAAAAGAAGGAACGCUACGUGCUUGCUCUCUGCCUUCGAUGUGCGAACUUGUGGCGAAAGUACGCAAUCAAGUGGGAGGACAUCGACGAAGUCUCGAAAAAGAUUGCACAGAGCGGUGGGCGCGUAUUCAAGAAGAAAAUUGACGAGGAGCUGCUGCGUGAGCUGAUCGCUGCCAACGAAGCUCCGCCGGAUCCGGAUAUCGCCAACCCGUCGUCUUUCGAGAGCGGCGAGCCUCCCAAGAAGAAGUCAAAGACAGGCAAAGCAGCAGCAGUUCCAUUGACAGAGCAUGUGGAGAAGCCUGCUCCACCGCCGCCCCCACCGAAGGAACCAACACCGCCGCCGCCACCCAUCAUUCCGGCUCAGCCGACUUGGAAAGUGCUUCCUUGCGCGGUCUGCAAAGGGUUUGAAGAUACCAUUGCCUGUGCUCAUUGCAAGCUGACUGUGCACCGACGCUGUUUCGGAGUCGGCGAGCACGACGGGAUCAGACCGAACGGUGAGGUGAACUGGAUCUGUGAGCAGUGUCAGAACGAUCGCAACCCGCUCGUGUCAACAGAUUAUUGUUGCUGUUUGUGCUUGACAGAAGAAACAAUGGUGGAUCUGGUCGAACCGCCCAGGGUUUCGCACAAGAAAAAGACGGACCGGGAGCGAGAAAAAGAGCGGCUGGAGAAGGAGCUUGCCGAUGGCAUGCGCAACGAGUACCGCAAUANNNNGCCCACCAAUACCUCGCGAGCCGCUGAAGCGCACAACUGGCAAUAAUUGGGUUCACGUGUCGUGUUCUCUUUGGGCGAACGAGAUUCGGUACAGCAACGCAGAGAAGCUGGAAAUUGCCGAGGGCUUCCAACUGAUCCCGCAAGCACGUUUCGAAGCCAUUUGCAAACUGUGCAAGAAUCGGGACAUUGCUAACAAGUUUCGCGAAAACGCAGGCGCCUGCAUCAAUUGCAGCCAAUGCCAGGCCGCGUUCCAUGCGUCUUGUGCAUUCGAGGCUCACUAUACGUUCGGAUUUGAUGUCCAACCCGUCAAGGGCUCGCGCAAAGAUCAGGUCACGACUGUCACACUGGGCAAUGAAACUGGUUCGGUGACUCCCGUCGUGCUCUGCAAGGAGCACACGUUCAAAGGCGUCCUCCACCCAAUCGAUGAGUACUACGAAGACGUUGGCAAGACUGCUCUGCAAAUAUAUGCCGAGGCGUAUAAGCAGGCUGACCUGACCUUGACUGGCACAUCGCGCAAAGCUGCUGAGGCGCAACUUACUAAGGAUAAGAAGGGCCAACAAGCAGCACUCUCCCAGGGCACGAAUCGUAGGGAAUCUGGCGCGCAUGGAAUAGCAGCUGCUGUACGUCGAGGCGCAAGGACUUCUAUCGCCGCUGAUACGAAGCCUGAACCAUCAGACGGUGUCGUGGAUAUAAGCAUGGUCCCGGAGGAGGAACAACGACGAUGUGUCAAAUGCGACGUCGACGUGACACCAAAAUGGCAUCCAGUCGCAAAAGGAGCUGGAGAAGAGGCGAUCAAGACAACAGAACACGACAGGCCUUCCGAGCAGCCUAAAAUCCCCGAAAAGCUCAACAUCCGCUUCAUGGCACCAGGCGCGAAUGGGCGAGCAUGGGAGGGCAUGCCAGAACGCUUCAACGGUGGGCUAAGUGCCGAUCGUGAAAAUGGAGAAAGUGAAGGGCCCGCGCCCGCUGUGCAAGAUCCUAACGCACCGUCCACGAUCACGCACAACGGCGAAGCUCGCUCUGCUAUUGGCGAACCCAUCAGAGUCGAUCACAAUGACCCGGCGACUCAUGCUCAUGGUCUGCCGCAAGGCUAUGUUCCUCCUGCCGCUCGUACUUCUCCAUCGCUAGAGGAAUGCCAGAAGCCCGAGGAACAGGUUCCAACAGAAUUUCUGUGCCACAAAUGUUUCCUCAAGAGCAAGCUGGAGACUUCUCCGCCGCCUGAAGAUGGAGACAAACGGGCAUCCUCGCUUCCAAGAGGGAGCAAGCGUCCGACACCAGCGCCGAUCCCAUCCAUCGAGGAGCAGUUCCGUGCUAUCGACAACCCGCCUCAGCCAACCCCAAUACCACCGGCUGCACCUCCGCCACUCAAUGGGAUGCCUGGCCACGGUCCUCCCGGACAAUAUGGACCCCAUCAUCAUGGUGGACCGCCCCAUCACGUCUACCCACAGCAGUUCCAUCAGCCAAACGGCUAUCACCAGCCACCUCCUGCACCUCAAAUGGGAUUCCAUGACCGGCAGAACAGCUACGGCAAUUAUGGUUACCAUGCGCCCCGGCCAGCGCCAAUCCCGCCAGCACCUCACUAUGGGCCCUCGUUCGCACAAAGUCAGCCUCCGCGCCCUCCACCAUUGAACGGUUUUGGUCCGCCGGGACAAGUUCCGAAUGGCGGAAUGCGAUCGCCUCAUCCCGGUCAGCCAUCUCCUGGUUACCCUCCGCCUUCUCAGCAUCACCAGAUGUCGGGAAUGUCUCGUGAUGGCCCAUAUCCAGGACAACUCCCUUCGUUGGGGCCCCCGGUGCAUUCCAGUCCCCAUGCUUUGUUCGGGAGACCUGGUUCGCAGCCACAGAACGUACCUCAGCCGCAGCACCCUCCGCCGGCCCAGCCUCAAAACCCCAUGAAUUCACCUGCACCACCUCCACCGCAGAUGCAGCAACAGGUGCAGCAGGGCCCACCUACACCCUCCAUACCGCAAGCACAACAGUCCACCGAGCAGCAGAGCCAAAAUCAGCAGCAGGCCAACACAAGUCCGCGACUGGAAGGCGGAGAGGCGGCAAGGCCCACAACACCCCGAGGUGGGCAAGUCAAUGGAACGACUGGAGCGAGUGCGAGUCCUAAUUUAGCGAAUCUCUUGCAUUGAUAUGAGACCUUGACAGGUUGAGGUGUGUGUUAUUUUAUUAGAGGCUAUGUGGACCUCGGUAUUUGUGGGAGGACGGAUCUGAGCAGUGUGUAGGCUCUUGUUUUGAUACCCCAUGUAGCAAUUUUGACGGUCGCUCAAGGCAGAGCGGCCAGUUUAAUAGAACAUUCUGGACCCA